ACAGCUUAUCUUCUUGGCCUCCGUCCCUCCCUCCCUCGUUCCACGGCAGGACAAGGCCGAGGGGCAGUUGGAGCGGUAGCAGAGCACAAGACACACACGAUCGGAUCGGGGAACGAAUGGGAUGCUACGGCGCCAUGGAGGAGGAAAAGGAAGCCCGGCAUCAGCGGGACAGGGGCGCCCGGAAAAGCAGCACAACGGCUCCACUUCUUGUCGUCUUUAUCAUUACAACAUCAGACAGCAAUUGAUUUCCCCCACCAUUCAAUACAUAAAGAUAGCCACGGAUCGACGAUUGCAAACCUCCACCCACCACCACCGCUUCAGAUGUAGCAAAUAGCAGCAACAGCAGAUGAUGGCAGCUCUGCCACCACCGCCAGCAGCAACACACCGAUAAAAGCGUGUUAAAAAGACAAAGCAACAUUCCAUCAAACACGUUACGGGCAUACCAACUUCUCUCCUCUAUCUGUUAAUCUGCAGCUUUCAAGGCUCACAACCAUACACUGACGCCCUGCUAACAGGAACGGCAGCAUUAUAACAAAUUACUUAGAAGAGUAAUGAGAUAAAGAUAUUGAUGUGCAGAGAGAGAGAGACAGCAGCUUGCAGCAGGAUUGGAGGGGGCAAUGGAGCAGAGGGAACAGAGCAGCCCUGUGUUAGUAGCAGGUCGCUUUUGACCCCUGCUUUUGGCAAAGCUGAUGCUGGUGUAGGAAGAGAGAGACACAGAGAAAGAGACAAUAAAAGAACGCCACAGACCAAGAAGAAGACGACGACACGAUGGGCAAGGGCUCCGUGAACGCUGCUUUGCUGCCUCCGCUGGAGAUCAUGGGGAUCGAUCUGAACACCAUCGAGGAAGAGGCGGAGGAGGCGGAGGGGAAGAUGGCUGCGGCGGAGGGUCGUGGUGGGGAGUCGGUCUGCCUGGAGCUUUGGCACGCCUGCGCCGGGCCACAGAUAUGGCUACCCAGGAAGACGAGCCUGGUGGUCUACUUCCCGCAGGGGCACAUCGAGCAGCUCGGAGGGGCCGGCGGCGACGGUGACUGGCUCGGGCCCAGCGAUGUGCCUCCCCAUGUUCUCUGCCGGGUGGUGGAUGUCAAACUUCAAGCGGCGGCGGACACGGAUGAGGUUUAUGCUCAGCUCUCCCUGGUCGCCGAUUGCAAGGAAUUAGAGCAACAUCUACGAGAUGAUGAGACUGUAGAAAGCAGGCGAGUGGAGGAGGCCGAUGGCUUCAGCAAGUCGCAUACCACACACAUGUUCUGUAAGACCCUAACUGCUUCUGACACGAGCACCCAUGGAGGCUUCUCUGUCCCUCGCCGAGCUGCUGAGGAUUGCUUCCCUCCUCUGGAUUACAAUCAGCUAAGGCCUUUACAAGAGCUUGUUGCUAAGGACUUGCAUGGCACUGAGUGGAGAUUCCGUCAUAUCUACAGAGGACAACCACGUCGGCAUCUGCUAACGACAGGAUGGAGUGCAUUUAUUAACAAGAAAAAGCUUGUCUCUGGGGAUGCUGUGCUGUUUCUUCGGGCCAAUGAUGGGGAGCUUAGGUUGGGUAUACGGAGGGCUGAUCAGCUUAAAAGAAGCAUUCAUUCUGCUGCUUUUAGUAGUCAGAAAAAUCUUGGCAAACUCACAGAUGUAGCUAAUGCGGUGUCUGCAAGAACGGUCUUCUGCAUUAACUAUGACCCGAGGGCAAGUCGCUUAGGGUUCAUCAUUCCUUACUGGAAGUUCACAAAGAGUUUUAGUCAUUCAUUUUCUACUGGAACAAGAUUUAAAAUGCAAAUUGACAGCGAAGAUGCAGCAGACAAAAGGUACACAGGAUUGAUAACUGGGAUUGGUGAGCUGGACCCUCUUAGAUGGCCUGGUUCAAAAUGGAAAUGUCUUUCGGUGAGAUGGGAUGGUGAGGUAGAUAUGGCUGGUGCUAACAGGGUAUCUCCUUGGGAUAUUGAGCCAACAGGUUCGGCUUCGGUUUCUGAUGUUCCACCACCAACUGCUCCAAAGAAAUCCAAAAUUUCUCAUCCUCCAGACCAUCUGGAUCAUACAAUUCCAAAUGGAGUUGGAUAUCCCGACUUGGAGGAACCUGCAAGGUUCCUCGGGGUCUUGCAAGGUCAAGAAAUCAUGGGUUUGAGAACCCUUUAUCAGGGCAUUGAUGUAACCCAAUUCAAGGUCUUUGGAGAAUACGUACGACUCCAGAAGGUCUUCCAAGGUCAAGAAACGCAUCCACCAAUGUCCACAAGGGUCUUGAGUCACCUACUUGGCACAAGAAGCAGUUGGGUUAGAUCAAUUCAUGAGUUCAGUGGCCUUGGGACUCCAUGCACAUCUUCAACUCAAGUGUCAUCUCCUUCCUCUGUUCUGAUGUUUCAGCAAGCAAGUGCACAGCUCCCCUGUCCUCCUGCACUUCAUGGCAUGGAUAUGUACGACAUGGAAAAGCAAAUGCCUUCGUAUGACUUGGCCAGGAAGCUUUGUGGAUCAGCAGAAGUGCAUGAAACGGAUCAUGUUUGGAAGAAAGACUCGAAGGGCGAUCACAAUGUUCUUCCCGGUGGUAAGAGAAACUGCAGGCUCUUCGGAUUUCCCCUGACCGAGAUGAUCACAGUGCCAAAUGGAAUAGAUGGCUGCGAAACUGCAGGAUCGUCGGCAAAACAGACGUGAAUUGUUCUGUCUCACUGUUCAACUAUCAUUUGCAGUUGUUGUUGGAUGAGGCUAUUGAUCAGGUGAAGCUGAAGAGGAUGUGUGUUGUUGACUUGGAUUUCUGAAGAAUUCAUGGGCGUUGUGGAGCUGAUCCACGGUCAAUGUAUUGCUGUGAUACUAUCCUAGUGAACAUUGCACAUUUGCCUUGUUUCAAUAAACUAAGAUUUUG